UCGCGAUGCCCCAUUGUCGUAAAAACACUUCGAUCGUCGUCCAGGGCUCAGGUGUGACAGUGCAGGCGAAGACCCCUGCAGAGGAGGCGACCUACGCUCAGAUUUCUCACAAUCUCCGCAAUCAAAAUAACCGAACAAAUGAUGUCUUCAACGCCGAUCACCUCCGCAUCAAGAUUGCUGUCGACAUUCGCACUCGUCGCGACAUCAUGCUUCCUCCUCGUUCACGGAGACCACUAUCCAGGUCAGGCGGAAUUGGAUCGGGAUCCCUCGCUCUCAUCCCCCCAAGAUUGUUUGCGUGCAUGCAAAAAAGGCGACCCACCGAGGAUAUGCUAUUAUCAUUUCACCAUUGAAUACUACACCGUUCUCGGAUCUGCUUGCGAACUGUGCACCCCCAACAUCACGAACCAAGUAACGGCCAAUUGUCAAUGCGUGCUCGCCGAUGGCAUCGAGCGAAGCAUCGUAGCUGUCAACAGAAUGGUGCCCGGGCCCAGCAUCCAGGUAUGCGAAGGUGACAAGGUCGUCAUUGACGUUGCGAAUCACGCGGACGGUGCGGACACCGCUAUUCAUUGGCAUGGAAUUCUGCAAAAAGGGACCCAGUACUACGACGGUGUUCCACAGCUCACGCAGUGUCCUAUUCCGCACGCUACUACCUUCAGGUACCAGUGGAUGGCUGACGAGGCCGGUACAUAUUUUUGGCACUCUCAUUCGGGUCUGCAAAAAUUAGACGGGGUAUACGGACCUUUGGUCGUUCGUCCCAUCAACGGCACUGACCCUAACGAGGCUUUGUACGACGUCGAUUCGAACGAUCAGUUGAUCUUCAUAAACGACUGGAUGCACGAAUUGGCCAACGACCACUUCCCAGGACUUCUGGGACCCAACCAAGGCCAGCUACCCGACAACUUGCUGAUCAACGGGAAAGGGCGGUACACGGAUCCGGUGUCCGGCAAUACGACUACCACUCCGCUGGAUGUAAUCACCGUGAAACCGGGCCUCAGGUAUAGGAUGAGGAUGGUCAGUUCCAUGUGCACCGUGUGCCCCGUUAUAAUUACCAUCGAAGGGCACGAUUUGCUGCUGAUCGACAUGGACGGUAGUGCGGUACGUCCCGUGAAAGUCGGUUCCGCCAUCAUUUUCACAGGGGAGCGUUACGAUUUUGUAUUAAACGCGAACCAGACAGUAGGUGCGUAUUGGAUACACGUUCGCGGAUUGGGAGAAUGCGGUAUACCGCCGGGUAUUCAUCAACACGCGAUUCUCAAGUACGAGGGGGGACCGGAUGAGCCAACUACCAAACAACCGACUUAUGACAAUCCUCUUCCUCAGGGAGUACUUCUCAAUCCGUUGGACGGUAAAUGUGACUAUCCGCGUAAAGACGCCGUGUGCAUAAGUCAGGUACAAAGUGCAAUCCCCGUCGAAAAAGCGUUGCUGACGAGUGAACCGGAUGCAAAAAUUUACCUGCCCUUCAAAUUUUUCAACUACAAUACCACGGAGCUCUUCGAACCGAACACGUACGACCGUUUCAUGGUCGCACCCGGCGGUGUCGCGCUUCUUUCGCUGAUCGAUGGCGUCUCGUUCAUGUUUCCACCGUCACCACCGUUGUCCCAAUUCGAAGACAUCGAUCCCGAACUGUUCUGCAACGAUGACGACCGUCCCCCUAAUUGCGGAGAGAAUUGCAUGUGCACGCACAUGCAUCACGUCGAAUGCGGUUCAAUUGUUGAGAUAGUAAUUGUGGAUGAAAUGGGAGUGGACGACCUGUACCAUCCGUUUCAUUUGCAUGGAUACUGUUUCUCGGUCAUGGGAAUGGGUCAUGGGUCUAGGCCCAAGGACGGAGUGAGGCGAAAAUUGACCGUCGAUGAUAUUCGAAAUCUCGAUCUACAAGGUCUCCUGAACAGACGGACAGACCUGCCACCUUACAAAGAUACGAUUCCGAUUCCCAACAAUGGAUACGUAGUUAUGAGAUUCCGCGCCGAUAAUCCCGGGUAUUGGCUGCUGCACUGUCAUUUCAUGUAUCACACGGUAAUCGGUAUGAACGUAGUUAUCAAAGUUGGUAACCAGACCGAUCUACCUCCCGUUCCAUCGGGCUUUCCAAAAUGUGGGAAUUGGCUGCCACCCAUAACACCCAUACCAACCAAAACGGAAUGUGUCUCAAAACAGGCAAAACGUUGCACACCAAAAAAAUAGUCAUCGAAUUAGGCAAGGUCAAAUAUUUGUAUCGAUUAAAUCUACCUGAUAAUAACAACUCAAACCUUCAACCUUCUUUUCCACCAUUUUAUGUCGAAUUGACGAAUUCAUCGGUAAGUAAGUAGUGGGCCAGUAAAAUCAAAAAUAAAAAACAAAAUUGCAGAAGCUCAAUUAUGUCAUGGUUGGGCGUAACGUUCCAGUGUCAAAAAUUUCGCGUCCUCGACAUCGAUAUACGGGCCGAUGUGCGCUUGGACAGCUGUUUCAACAACAUCGUCAGGGAUUAUCUUACUUGGAUCUCCAAUAAGGCUGGAGAUUGAUCCAAUUCAUGAAAUAAAAUAAAAUUAAAUACCCGUGCCUCUAUA